GAGGAAUUUCACAGAGAAGAGGGACUGGUCGUGGUUAAUGUUUGACCCGUAUCAAUCGUUUCUUUGAGCUCCUAUAUAAACGGUAAACUUCUGUGGGGCUUUUUGCAGCAGAAAGUGGACAGUAAAGGCUGUGAAGAUGCGGGGUCUUUUUCUUAGUUGUGCUUUGACAGCCCUGCUGCUGGCAGCAGCUUGGGCAGACCACCACCAUGGACACAGCCACGACGGCGAACUGACCUGCCACAAAUUGGCCCCUCCAAAUGCUGACUUUGCCUUCGCCCUCUACAAAAACUUCAAUGCCAAGACUGCUGCUGGACAGAACAUCUUCUUCUCCUCUCUUGGCAUUGCCACCGCCUUGUCCAUGCUGUCCACAGGGGCGCGUGGCGACACACACAGCCAGCUGUUCUCCACCUUGGGCUACAGCGCCUUCAGUCAGGAACAGGUCAACGAAGCGUACGAGCAUCUCUUUCACAUGCUUGGCCAUAGCCAACAAGACCAGCAGUUGGAUGUGGGCAACACCGCAGCGGUGCGCUCUGGUUUUACUCCACUGGAGUCAUUCCUAAAAGGUAUCAAGAAGCACUUCUCCGGUGAAGUUUUUAAUGUUGACUUCAGUAAACCCCAGGAGGCCACAGCUGAGCUCAACAAGCACAUUGCCAGUAAAACCAACGACAAAAUCAAAGACAUGGUAAAGGACCUGGACCCUGAGACGGCCAUGGUUCUGAUCAACUAUGUGUACUUCAGAGGACAGUGGGAAAAACCAUUUGAUGCAAAUUUAACAACCAAGGCGGAUUUCUAUGUAGACGAGAACACCAAAGUUGAGGUGGACAUGAUGAAAAAAACAGGCCGUUUUGACCAUUACGACGACAAUGAAAACCACACUACCGUCGUUGUCCUGCCCUACAAGGGAAACACCUCCAUGAUGAUUCUUCUACCCAAUGAGGGUAAGAUGAAACAGAUGGAGGACUUUAUUGACAAGGACAAGAUCUGGCACUGGCACAACUCACUCUUCAAGAAUAACGUGAACUUCUACAUGCCAAAGUUCUCCAUCUCUGUUCCCACAUCUUUGGAUGACACUCUAAAAGAAAUGGGAGUGACAAAUGCUUUUGGUGACAAGGCGGAUUUCUCUGGCAUGUCCAGUGAAGUCAUGCUCAAGCUCUCAAGGGCAUCCCACCAGGCUGUGCUGAGUGUGGAUGAAACUGGAACAGAGGCAGCAGCGGGCACCACUAUGGAAAUCAUGCCGAUGAGCAUGCCGGAGACCGUGAUGCUCAACAGGCCCUUCGUCGUCCUCAUCUUGGAGCACUCAACGAGGAGCGUCCUCUUCAUGGGCAAGAUAAACAACCCCGCUGCUGUGUAAAGGUGCCCAGGCGGCGUCUAGUAUCCGCGGGUACUCACGGCGGUCAGCUCGCCAAAGGCAGGCAGUUUACCUCAAUGUCUACAGUGACGUAAAAAAAAACACAAAAAACUGAAACAACCAAAUAGACAACAAAUACCAUCCAUUGAUUAAUCCACCAGUGAAGUUUAUUACUGUUUACAUAUACUAGUAUAGGUUUUUCUUACUGUUUUCAGUGAUAGAAAUAGUCAAAUUCUAUUUUGGACAGUUUGUAAAGUAUCAGUCCACAAUGUUAAUGUACUAUAGCUGAUGUAUGAGGACUGCAUCUCCCAUGAAAUAAAAUAAACUUUCAUGAAGGA